GAAGAAUAUCCGGGCCAAUAUCGCUUUCCAGUUCAUGAUGUCCUUAGCCUGGGGAACUGCCAUGGGACCAGUCUUCGACAAGUAUCUUUUCCUGCUCGGAUCUGGCCUAGCCAAAGGACCACGCCUUAUCCCGGCCAAGCAUGCCAAUUCCCUUGUCGGAGUGGCCGAGAGCGUCUCUGGUCUCACUAGCCUCGUCGUCGCCAUCCCUGUCGGCUACAUCGUCGAUCGAAAGCCAAACAAGCAUGCCCGGCUGGCUCGAAUGUCGAGUUCCUUGGCAGUGAUCUCCGUGCUCUCUGGAUUUAUCGCUGUCCUUACAGACGAACUUCUGAUUCUCACGGUGAUGCUGGUGAGCUUCGGUGCCUUCAUGGAGCUAAGUUCCUCCGCGACAGAUGCGAUCUUUGCCGACAGUAUUCCAGCUGGCGAGCGGUCUGCCUACUAUGUCACCAAGUCGGUUCUCACCACCGUCGGUAGUGCAUGCGGUCCGGGUAUCUCCGCUCUGGGGCUUGCAAUGCUGGGCGACAAGUGGCAGCCUUACCAGAUUAAGAUCGUGAUCGUGGGGGGCUUGUUGCUCUUUAUCCCCACCUUGCUCCCCCUUUUCGUCUUCCACGACCCAGUGCUCACGGAGACAUCGACCAGCGAGGGCGGUGCCUCCGCCGACGCAGCCGCACCAGCUGAGGAAGGCGGCUCCCCUCCUGUGGCCCCCUAA